CCUGAACUCACAUCUCCUCUGUGCUGCCUCCAGCAGGCUGCUGAACAGGGACACAUCCGCUUUUAAACAAACCAACAACCUAAAUAAAAAACGCUAUUCCACCAAUGCGACAAUUAGAAAUUCCCUCCCUUCAGCUUUUUCUAAAUUAAAACCCCUCCCGUACCAUUUGUGGCGUUUAUCAUCCAGAGCACCAUCAAGGAAGCCGUCCAGAACGAGCUCCUCUCAUAAUUCUCCGAAAAAGGAGCAGCUGACAAGAGGAGCAUACAGCUCGGCGGCUUACAGAGUGGACAAUACUUUCUCCAUGACCAGAAGCUUGUGGAAACAAGAUGGAAGGAUUCCUCGUAUCUCUGAUGAAGUAGAGCCCUCACUAGCACACUCCGAACCUCCAUUUCCUCUUCCCUCACUUUCAAAGACCUCGGACCUGUUUGCCAUGAUCGAGAGGAUGCAGGGUUGCAGAAUGGAUGAGCAAAGAUGCCCCCUGCCUCCCCCCCUCAAAACAGAAGAGGACUACAUCCCUUAUCCCAGCGUUCACGAGGUUCUAGGUCGCACUAGUCCUUUUCCACUCAUCCUGCUGCCCCAAUUUGGAGGCUACUGGAUCGAGGGGACCAAUCAUGAGCCUAAAGAACCCCCAGAGGCUGAUCAACCCCCCGGCCCUACCUCCCAAAUCAAACUGGAGACUAACAGCACCGCCAAAAUCUACAGGAAGCAAUUCAUGGGCAAGGAACACUUUAAUUAUUACACCAUGGAUGCUGCCCUGGGCCACUUGGUCUUUUCCAUGAAAUAUGAUGUCAUUGGGGAUCAGGAGCAUCUGCGCUUAAUGCUUCGCACAAAGAUAAAAACCUACCAUGAUGUGAUUCCAAUUUCCUGCCUCACCGAGUUCCCCAAUGUGGUUCAGAUGGCCAAGCUUGUUUGUGAAGAAGUAAACGUGGAUAGGUUUUAUCCUGUCCUCUACCCAAAGGCAUCAAGGCUCAUUGUCACCUUUGAUGAGCAUGUGAUCAGCAACAACUUCAAGUUUGGUGUUAUUUAUCAAAAGUUUGGCCAGACAACAGAAGAGGAGCUGUUUGGGAACAUGGAAGAAAGUCCCUCCUUUGUGGAGUUCUUGGAGUUUCUGGGCCACAAGGUUGAACUUCAUGACUUUAAAGGGUUUCGGGGUGGACUGGAUGUCGCUCAUGGGCAGACGGGGACCGAAUCCGUCUACACAACUUUCCAUAAUAUGGACAUAAUGUUCCAUGUGUCCACCAAGCUGCCUUACACGGAAGGUGACUCACAGCAGCUGCAGAGGAAGAGGCACAUAGGCAAUGAUAUCGUAGCCAUCGUGUUCCAGGAGGAGAACACGCCCUUUGUUCCAGACAUGAUCCAGUCCAACUUCCUGCAUGGGUACGUGGUGGUGCAGGUGGAGAACGCGUGUACGGACAAUGUCACAUACAAGGUGUCUGUGACAGCGCGGGAUGAUGUACCUUUCUUUGGGCCGGCUCUGCCUGACCCUGCCGUUUUCAAAAAGGGCCCAGAGUUCCGGGAGUUCCUCUUCACUAAGCUCAUCAAUGCUGAGUACGCCUGCUACAAGGCUGAGAAGUUUGCCACGCUCGAGGAGCGCACACGGUCAGCCCUGUUGGAGACUCUGUACGAGGAGCUGCACAUCAACAGCCAGUCCAUGAUGGGUCUGGGUGCAGACGAUGAAAAGCUGGAGAACGGGGCCGGAGCAGGCGGAGGAGGCUUCUUUGAAUCCUUCAAGCGGGUCAUCCGUAGCAGAAGCCAGUCUAUGGACGCCAUGGGCCUCAGUAACAAGAAGUCAAACACUUUCUCCACUAGCCACAGUGGCAGCUUUACCCACAAUCCCGCAGAGAGCCCCAAAACCCCAGGGAUUUCAUUGAUCAUUCCUGGGAAAAGCCCGACCAGGAAAAAAUCUGGCCCAUUCAGCUCCCGCCGCAGCAGCGCCAUUGGCAUCGAGAACAUCCAGGAGGUCCAAGAGAGGAGUCGAGAGGUGUCACCCAGCACCCAGAGGACACCGGAGGGCAUCCACUUCUCUCUGGAAAACAGAUCAGACAACUCCUCCAAUCACAGCUCUCCUGAAUUCCCUACUACUAGGAACAGUUUGGCGAUGUGUUGCAGGGCGCCGUCCAUCCCCGAGGCGCAGGACCUUUCCCGCUCUUCCUCCAACGCCAGCAGCUUUGCCAGCGUAGUGGAGGAGCACGAGGCAGAGGAGGAGUACGACACCGGACUGGAAAGUGCGUCUUGUGUUACGCCACUCAAGGGAGAGUCAUUUACGUACGGCUCAAUGGAGGACAGUUCGUGCAGUGCAACCCAGGGGAGUGUUCCAGCAGCGUCUCGUCUGCAGCAGCAACCGGAUGGAGUGAAGAGCUCGGAGCCCAAAGGGACAGACAGCCGGCCCAAGACAGAGCGCUCCUCAUCGAACUGUUAGCCGCACUGCUCUGAUCACUGCAUCAACGUCCAUCUUCCGCAUUGCCAUUAGAGGCAUCUUUAGCCAAAAACUAGCCAAGGGAACCACUGACGCAGAACAGGAGCCGAGUCAGAAGGCAGAUCAAGAGACUGACAGAUCUUUCUUUGUAUGUUUGGCAUGGAUCCUCUGACUGGACAUGAACCCACCUAUCGUCCCUCAUUCCAGCUCAAUGGGGAACCCUGUAAACUCAAAGCAUGGGAAAGGACACCUCCACAGCCAUGCAGCAUCAUUACUGACUGUCAUCCAUCAGCUGGCUUAGCAGAAUAAGCCUGGCUGCUGUAUCAUUCGUCAAGCCAGUAAGCUCUGAAAACGGAUUCUUGCUGUCGUCUUGAAAAGAUCAGGGUAAGAACUGGGGUUAAAUAAUGGGGAAUGAAAUCAUAAUCGAUGAAACAACUGCUGUUUGUUUUAGCUUGUUAAACAGUCUAUAGAGAGGAGAGUUGCACUAGAUAGAAACAUGUUUUUUUAAAUGUCAACCUCAUAUCCCACUGUGAUAUUGUACAUGGGUUUAACUUUGAUGUACCAGGUGUGUUUGUGUGGCUGUCUGUCAAGGCCACUCUUUGUGUUUUAUUGAUCUUUUCUUCUUCUGAGUAUUCUGCUGUGGAUAUUUGUCGUGUUUUACGACAGCUUCGGUCAACCUGUCAUGUUUUUAAUGGAGGGUACUUCUACAAUGCUGUUGUUGGUGGCUGUAAAAGGAUCUGUCGCCUCUCUCCUAGGUGGGCGAUGGGUAAUAUAGGGUACGGUAAAUUGUGUCUGCAAUUUUUUAUUCAAAAUUGUACUGAAAUACAGUAAUUCUGUAGAAAGAAAUACGAUAGAGAUGCUACUUAGUAAAAAAACAAGAGUAAAAAGCAUAAUUACUGCAGUGCUCCAACCAGCAACAUGCAUCCUCAAUCCAUACGUCAAGGUACUGCUGUUUAGACCUUUGUCCCACACCACUUGUUGACUUGAUGUCUGUGUACAAGUGUGUACAACGGUACUGUGCAUGGUGUAAAUCGGCUUGCCAAAAACCUCUGUACACUGUUGCCAUGCUUGACAUAGAGGUGUUGUCCCUGUGAUUUGUGUUUUAUCAGAAACCAGCCAACAUCUCCAGAGUGAGUUCACAGUUUCCUACUUUAUUUGUAAAGUGUAAUAUAAGUACGUGACCUAAGCACUACAUUUGCAGAGUUAUUUCGUAUGGCGACCUCUUGUUGCUGAAUAUGAAUUUCACUGUGACUCCUCCUGAAGUUGCCUUUAAAAUGAUUGUGUCCUGCGAGCUGCUUUGAAGGAGGGUCAUAUUUGAAGGCACUGUGUUGCCUCCAGCUGGCUUGAAUGUAAAAACUUAGGCAGACAUUUAUUUAUUUGUACAUAUCUGCCCCGAUGAAUGGUGAAAACGUAAGUCUGAAACAGCUCCCCUUUUCAGAGCAGAGAAGCUUAUUCAUGUUUUUCCAUUUGUGAUGAGGGAAAGAACUGACACAUGGAGUUUAUUUCAGUAAUAUGACUGAAGAGGACAUGAGAUUUAUUGUCUUUGGUGAUUUAAAAACAGCAUUUCCAGUUUGUGAAAGUGCAAAAAUGUUGAGACACUGGACCAAAUGCAAAACAGCCCAAAGUGGGUUCAUCAAGCUACAAUCUUUUGCUUUUUACUUGAAAAAGGCAUUGAAAAGACAUAAGGACACAUUUUUGGUAAUAAUGACACAUAUGUGUAUUACAGCCUCUGAAAUUGAUUCAUGAAAAAAUGUCAAAUGAUUUUACUUUGGAAAUGCUUGAGUAGAUGAUGUGCACCCUCUUGUGGCGAUGUAAUAUUAUAGCAUAUUACUAUGUGGUACCGUUCAUCUAACUGUGCUUGCUAUAAACCACAACAAAAGGAGGGACCCUUUUGUGCUCCAUUCAAAUUAUUGUAUUUCUGUUCUUGUCUGCUUAAGCCCUUGUUCAAAACACAUGUUUGUAAAUAUUGCUUUACAUAUCUUUUUGUAAAUAAAGCCACCAAAAAUGUUUAUUAAAGAAGAAGAUGCAUAUUA